AGGUGGACCUAAGGAGUCGACUGGCUGCAACUGGGGAUGAUGGAGGCCUGCUGGAUGCUGGGGCUGGCCCUCUGCCUCCCGCUGGGGCCUCUUGCAGGGGCCAAGCCAGUGCAGGAGGGGGCAGACCCCUAUGCUGAACCUCCGGCCCUGCCCUACUGGCCCUUCUCCACCUCUGACUUCUGGAACUACGUGCAGUACCUGCAGAGCCUGGGUGCCUACCCACAGCUGGAGGACCUGGCCCGCACCUUCUUUGCCCACUUCCCCCUGGGGAGCACCCUGGGCUUCCACGUCCCCUACCAGGAGGACUGACGCCUGCCUGACUGCACUGCCCUUGCCUUGGGGUGACCCAUAGCCAUGGUGGGGUGGGGGUCUGGUGGCUUCACACCAGUAAACCUCCCACUGAAGAGGCAGCACAGGCCAUGGGGUGCCACAGGCCAGGGACACACUCUGACCCACCCCACAGCUGCACACUGCUCUAUUGUCUCCCCAGCUAACCUGGCUGGCUCUGAUCCCUGGGGACUCUGCUUUAAUAAAUGU